CUGCCGCAGCCCGUCCCCGCCCCGGGACGGCUGCGUGUUGUGGUGCUGCAGGUGGCGGUGUGUGUGUGUGUGUGUGUGUCCGCUGCACGGUUACCCCAGCUCGUCAUGUUUGGCGGCGGCGAGGACGUUGGCCACCCCGGAGGCCUGCGGGCAGCCUUCCCGGCGGCGGAAAACGGCACGGACGACAAGUACUACAAGAAGUACCACGCCAUCCUGAGGCGGUGCGCUGGGGUGCAGAAGGAAAAUGAGAUGCUGGUGAACCGAGUGUACUUGGUGAAGAAGAUGGUGCGCCGCCUCAGAAGGGAACGCAAGUUCCUUAUGGAGGAGCUGGACAGGCGGGGGGACAACUACAGGUCUCUCCCGCUCACCAUUGCCAUUGAGGAAGAUGAGAAGUCCUUCGCACUGCCACAGACCUCCAGCCUUCCAGCACUGGGGCGACCAAGAAGCUCUGGCUCAUCCCUUAACGCUAGGAGACAGCUGCAGGUGAAGAGAGAGAGGGUUGAGCGUGACACAUCCACGCCUAAGCGGCCCAACAACGCCUUCCUGCAGUUCUGUCAGGAGCAGCGUGAGGCAGCCGUCGCACACCACCUCAACCAGACUGGCCGCACCCCAGACAAGAAACAGCUCACCAGACAGCUUGCCUCUCGCUGGAAUGCCCUGUCUGAGGAGGACAAGAAGAUAUACGUUGAGAAGUACGAGCGAGAGAAAGAGCGACAAUCUGAAGAGAGAAAACAGCGGCAGCAGGACACCUGAGGGGAGGCAGGCGAGGGGCCAGGUGAAGGUAACAGAGGUCAUCUUUGGUGAUUAUUUAUUCAUAUGUACAUUCAUCUACAGACAGACACAGCAUCGCCUACAAGGGAGUAACUUCUUGUUAAAUGGGAAUUGAGCUGAAUGUAGAGUAAUACUUCGAUUCCUCUAUUUACAAAUAGAAAAUAGUACAUAAUAAAGUAAAGCUUUCUAUAAA